GCCUCUAUUUUGGUCUCUGUCUAAGAGACCAGACCGUGGCCCCCUCUGGGCGGUGGGCGGCCUGCUGCGGCACUGCGCUUCUGACGAUCAUGUGCCUGUCAUUGGACCUGCUACUAUGUCAUUGAAGCCACUGCUUCGCUCAUGCCCGUCAGCUUUCAGCGAUACCUGGGUACCUCUGCUUCAGUUGUGGUCCUCCUUCACGUCAAGACAACCUGCUGACUCCCCACACCCGCUGGCCAUUUGCUUGCCGGCGAUCCCUUCGCGGCCACCUGCGGGCCGCUCACUUGUCAGGGUCCUCGCCCUUGGCCAUGGUCUCUGUGGUCUCCCGCUGGGACCCCCCCAAAGCGCUGACCCUUCCGCGGCGGGCAGAGCCGUAAACCAGCCAAGCAACAGCGUCAACCGCCCACGGGAGGGCGAGGGGGUUGAUUCCUCAUGCUCCGACCUUCCUCUCAUGCUGGUGCUGAUGCUGCUGCUGCACUCAAAAUGUCAUUCCAAAAUAGCCGGCAUCGACACUAGACUUCUCAGCCCGCUCAUUGGACGAGAGCGGAAAUUUCUCAUCCAAUGGAUCUGGCGAUUUUCCAGCCGGCGGCUCGCCAAUUUCAGGAGGCAGCCCCUGACCCGCCCCCAAACUCACAUUCGGCACCUCAUGUCUCUCCCUACCAGUUCACAAGGAGAAACCAGCCAAUGGGCCUCUGAAGCUGCUAUCAAAAUCCCCCUAGAUCCGCAAAAGCAGCCCGAAACGGAAAGUCAAAUUUGAGUUGAAGGGCGAAGAUGGACAUCUACAGGGAUCGUCACAGCCGGGAGGAGUUGCCUGGGAAGCACGCUCUCAUUCGAUGCCGCCGCACACCGGACAUCGUCAGAUUCGACAAGUCCUCAAGUCGAUCCUCUCCUCUCCUCCGAUCGAGCAUGAAGGAGACCUGUUUUGUCUUGGUUGCAGAAGAGGAGCCUGAUGUCAGCCUCGAGCCACCUGACUCCGAUCAAUUGGCGAAGAUGCACCCGGAUUCCAGGAAACUCUCAGAUCACGUUCCCAGCAAAGCUGAAGCGCGCAUUAGCGAGGGGCAACUACUGUGCGCUGGCGGAGCGGCGUCUCCUGCGUCUGUGAAUCCUCGGGAGUCGGGACUGAUCAUCGCGAUUGUGGCGGAGUCUGUGCAUUUACGAAGGCGCCACACUGGC